AUGCUGCGUCAGGCACUUCGUAAAUUUGUUCGGAAGCUGGUACGCAGACCUACGCUGAAGGAACUGGUGGCUGAGGAUAAACCACGGAGAAAGCUGAGCACUCUGGAUUUAGUGGCUCGGGUUGUGGGCUACACAGUGGGGAUAGGUGUGUAUGUCCUGGCUGGUGAGGUGGCCAGAAAUCAAGCAGGACCAGCCAUUGUGAUCUGCUUUUUGAUGGCCGGCCUAUCUUCUAUGUUGGCUGGGCUGUGCUAUGCAGAGGUUAGUGCCCAGGUUCCCUAUUCUGACUCUGCACAUCUCUAUGGCUUUGUCACUAUAGGUGAACUCUGGGCUUUCAUCUCUGGCUGGACCCUCAUCCUCUCCCAUGUCGGUGAUAAAGCCAUUGUGGCCCAUGCAUGUAUCUUAGCUUUUGACAAUCUGCGUGGAAACAAGAUCUCUCAGACCCUGCGUGACAGCAUCUCACCACAUGUUCCCCGUGUCCUUACAGAAUAUGCAGAUAUCUUUGUUGUGUGUCUUGUGUUUUUACUCAUAGAAUUCCGGAAUCUGAGGUAUGUUUGGUCUUUCCCAGUUACCAGACUGGCCACAUUGGUGAAACUUCUGGUUCUCAGUUUUGUCAUCAUCUCUGGCUUCAUUAAGGGGGACCUGCACAACUGGAAGCUCACAGAAGAGGACUUCUUAAUGGCUGGACUCAAUGACACCUCAAGCUUGGGGCCUCUGGGCUCUGGAGGAUUUGUGCCUUUUGGCUUUGAGGGGAUUCUCCGUGGAACAGCCACCUGUAUUUAUGCAUUUAUAGGUUUCAGCAGUAUUUUUGACAAAGUCAAAGAUGCCCAGAAUCCCCAGCGUUCCAUCCCCAUGGGCAUUGUGAUUUCACUGUUCAUCUGCCUUGUGGUGUAUUUUGGUGUCUCUGUGGCACUUACACUUAUGGUGCCUUACUACAAGCUUCGACCUGGGAACACCUUGCCUCAGGCAUUUCUCCAUAUUGGCUGGACCCCUGCCUACUAUUUUUUAGCUUUUGCAUUCCUGUGUAUUGUUUCUGCCAGGCUCUUGGGCUUUAUGUUUCCCAUACGUCGGGUGUUACGCAGGAUGGGACGGGAUGGCCUCUUGUUCCCCGUGCUUGCAGGAAUUCAUUCCCACCCAUUCAUCCUUAUCAUGACCACUGUGAUCUUGAGCAUUAUUACAGCAAUCAUGGCAGUCUUCUUUGGGCUCACUGAUCUCCUGGACCUCAGGUCAGUUGGAUCCCUGAUAUCUCACUCCCUGGUUGCUACUUCUGUUCUCAUCCUCAGGUAUCAGCCUGAGGUGAAGAAAUGGGGAAAUGAAGUAGAGGUGCAGGAGGAGGAUGAACCUGCAGCAGAGAGGCUGACUCUACAGGGACUACUUUUUCCAGGCAGCUCCACCCCCACUCCCCUCUCUGGCAGGGUUGUCUAUGUUUGCUCCUCACUGCUUGUUCUGCUGAUCAUUCUUCUCUGCCUGGUGCUGAUGCAGUCACCAGUUCUGCUUUCUGGAGACCCAGUGUGGAUUUCCGUGGUUGUGCUGCUCCUGGUGCUCAUCACUGGGCUCACUGGGGUCAUCUGGAGACAGCCACAGAGCUCCAGUCCCCUUCCCUUUAAGGUCCCUGCUCUGCCUCUCCUCGCACUACUGAGCAUCUUCAUGAAUGUUUGCCUUAUGAUGCAGAUGACAGCUGCCACCUGGGCCCUUUUUGGUGUCUGGAUGCUGAUUGGGUUUGCUAUGUACUUUGCCUAUGGAAUCCAGUUGGCUCUGGAUGAAAAAGAAAACCAUCAAAAUCUAGAAGAGGUUGAG